CCCCUCUCCUUUGCCAUCUCCAAUUCAAUUUACUCUUAUUCAGAGGAGAUACUUUCACUACUCUUUCUCUCUACUAUCUGGUGGUAGGAAAUUGUUCAACAUGGGAAAUCGGUAUCUUUGGUUAGCUUUUUGUUUAUGUGCUUUACUAUCAUCUAUUGUCGGUGCUUCCUCUGAUGGUUUACUAAGAAUCAACAUGAAGAAACGUCCUCUGGAUAUUAAUAGCAUCAAAGCUGCUAAAAAUGGAGACAAAUACAAAAAAGAUCUUACAAACAAGCUACUAGGUUUGGGUGAUUCUGAUGCGGAUUUAGUCCCUCUAACCAACUACUUGGAUGCCCAAUACUAUGGAGAGAUCAGCAUUGGUACUCCACCUCAGACAUUCACUGUCAUAUUUGAUACCGGCAGUUCGAACCUCUGGAUUCCAUCCUCCAAGUGCUAUUUCUCUAUUGCUUGCUACUUCCAUAACCGGUUCAAGGGAGCAAAAUCGAGUACUUACACCAAAAUUGGGGAGAAGUUGCAGAUAAACUAUGGAUCUGGUUCGAUUUCUGGAUUCUCCAGUAAAGAUGUUGUUCAAGUUGGCGAUAUUUGUGUCGAUGAUCAAGAAUUUAUUGAAGUUACGAAAGAAGGAAGUUUGUCAUUUGUAAUUGGAAAAUUUGACGGAAUUUUGGGACUUGGGUUUAAGGAAAUUUCAGCUGGCGGCCUGCAGCCAGUCUGGUACAACAUGGUGGAACAAGGCCUUGUGAAAGAGCCGGUAUUCUCCUUUUGGCUUAACCGGGAUGCUGCUGCUGAUGAGGGAGGUGAGCUUGUUUUCGGCGGUGUUGAUCCAAAACACUUUGUAGGGAAGCACACAUAUGUUCCUGUGACUAAAAAGGGUUACUGGCAGUUUGAUAUGGGUGAUGUCCUUAUCGGAAACCAAUCUACGGGAUUCUGUGAGGGUGGCUGUGCUGCAAUUGUGGAUUCUGGAACAUCAUUGCUUGCUGGUCCAACCACUAUUGUGACGGAGCUCAACUAUGCAAUUGGGGCUGAAGGAGUAUUGAGCAGUGAAUGCAAAAUGUUUGUUAAUGAAUACGGAGAUAUGAUUUGGGAUCUCCUAGUAUCUGGGGUAACUCCUGGAAAAGCUUGUGCCCAGGCUGGUUUAUGCUUCUCCAGCGGAUCUCAGUCUGUGAGUUCAAAUAUUGAAACAGUGGUGGAGAAAGAGAAUGGGGGAGUUAAGGAUACAGUGUUUUGUGAAGUGUGUCAAAUGGCUGUUAUUUGGAUGCAAAAUCAGCUGCGACAAGCUGAGACCAAGGAAGCGGUGCUAUCUUAUGUGGACAAGCUUUGUGAGAGCAUACCAAGCCCUGCCGGGGAAUCAGUGAUAGAUUGCAAUAGUCUCCAUAAGAUGCCCAACGUUUCAUUCACCAUUGGGGAAAAACUUUACACCCUCACUCCAGAACAGUAUAUUAUGAAAACUGGAGAAGGGAUGGCUGCCGUCUGCAUUAGUGGUUUCAUGGCAUUGGAUGUGCCAGCUCCAGCUGGUCCUCUAUGGAUUCUUGGAGAUGUAUUCAUGGGUGUUUACCACACAGUGUUUGACUAUGGGAAUCUGCAGCUUGGGUUUGCUAAGUCGGCAUAAUUUAUCAGCUGAUUAGCAUGGAAACUGGAGACUCGUGUAAAUAAGUGGAUCAAUUAAUGGAAUUACCGUUUACUUGAAUAUUUCCGUUUCCACUACCCGUAUCAAGCAUGUUAGGAGGUUGUAUGUUAUUUGUAUCAUUUGUGAUUCUCCAUGGUCACAUAUGCGUAAGUUAUGUAAAAGUGCACUCGAGAAAAAACAAGUGAGUAGAAGUAUGAAGAAGGUAUGAUCAGUGUUGUUUUAGUACCAAAUUUCCCAUUCAAACUCUUAAUAUAUAUAUAACUAUGCUCUACUAAUGUUAUUGCA